GGAGUCGCUGGUAGAGUGUCUCUACCACCCACACACACACUACCAGGCUCCUCUCUAGUGGUAGGCUACCAUCUUCCUCAAUAACCAGAUGAAGGAAUAGUGGUGUCUAGUGACGAUAAAUGACCCCGGCCAGCAGAGCCAGAAAUAAUGUGGAUAAAAUGGUGGUGAGGGAAAUGUGGGCCAGUGACACUGCUUGUAUAGUGAAGGAUCGCGGAAGUGUGUUGGUGGAGGUGGUGGCGUACUGCCUCCUGGAUUAACCCAGCUGGUCGCCUCCACCAAACUCUCCCACAAACAAACCUUCCAUUUGUGAAUUGUGAUAAAUGAAUAUAAUGACGUGAGUGCUGGAGGCUGAGCUAUGAUAGGUUUCUGGUGCUUGAGGUGACUCCGACCCAGCCACCAUGCUGCUAUCUCACGUCUUCCGGAUUACUGUACACCUGCUUCUUGUCGCCCGUGGCGUGCUGGGGAUCAACUCCCCGCCGGUGCUGCGCUCGGAGAAGACCUGGUACGUGACGGAGGACGAGGAGGUGGGUUCGGUGGUCACUCGCCUGCAGGCCUACGACCAGGAGAACGACCAUGUGGUCUUCACGCUGGAGCCUCAGCUCCCCGGCCAGGUCGUCCACACCCGCCUGGAGAUCGACGACGGGAACCGCGUCAAGGUUGCCAAGCCACUGACGGGACUGGCCGGAUCGGGAGAAGCCUCUUACAUCUUAAGGGUGCGGCUUGAUGAUGGAUUCAGGGAAGCUGUCACUGAAGUCAGACUGGAAGUCUCCAAGUCUGGCCAGGGAGGUGCAAGACACCAGCAAGGCUCCAGAGAUUUUGGAGUCCCUGGAAACUAUGGAAGUCCUAGCAACUUUGGUAUAUUUGGAGGCUUCAGACCACCAAUUGGUCCAAUUCCUAGUCCUGAUGUAGAGUCUGGACCUGCUCCUUUCUUGAAGGUGAACCAAACAUGGGAAGUUAAUGGUGAUGCUGCUGUUGGAACAGAGAUAGAUAAGGUGUCGGUUCAGGACUUUACUGGUGAGGGCUACAGUAUUGUCAUUGAGCAAGAGCAAAGUCUGGUCAUGGUUGACUCCCACUUAGGUCAUGUUAUUAAAGUUGCUACCCCUCUUCAUAAACAGGUUGGAGUUCACCAUCUGAAUGUAACAGCAUCAUAUCCCCAUGGCAAGGUCUCAGAACCAGUAGUUUUAAGAGUGUUGCCACCUCAAACAUCAACAGUAUCUCUGCCAACCUCAGAGAGCCCUAGAGCAGGAAUAUACAACCAACAAGAUCUGAGGGUGGUUGGAGGCAGUGGUAAUGUGGCAGGCAGCACCGGGUCAACUUCUGCAAAGCCGUCCACAGAACUACCCAUUGAGAUUCCUACACCUGAUGUGAGCCUGACUGUGAUACCUAUUGUGGUUGUGGUUAGUGUGUUGCCACUCCUUAUGGCAUUGUACUGCUGCUGGCGCAGACAUCGCAAAAAAGUUAAAGCACAGGCUAAGGAAAGUGCCGUUGUGUACAGUGAUAAGGGUGAGGAAGCAGCUGCUACAGAGAUCACACCUGUGGAGCCUGGAGAGCAGCCUGACAGGGGUAGACGAAGGGGAAGCAGCAUACUAGGGCUAUCAGCACUGUGGAGGAUACGAGCACAAAGCAACACGUACGAGGAUAGCAUCAGGGGAGGAUCAGGGAAAAGAAAAGUGAGUGAACUGUCAUCAUCCACAACAGAUGUGUGGGAGUUCCCACGUCACCGCCUUAAGAUAAUGGGUAUCCUAGGAGAAGGAUGCUUUGGUCAGGUGUGGAAGUGUGAGGCACUAGGGCUGAAGGGUGAAGGAUCCAAGUUGGUGGCAGUGAAAACACUGAAGGAGUCUGCAGGAGAGAGAGAAAGACGAGACCUAAUACAAGAGCUUAAGGUCCUCAUGAAUCUUGGACGGCAUCCUAAUGUUGUCUCUCUUCUAGGGUGCUGUACAGAAAAAGACCCAAUUUUUGUGAUCCUGGAAUACAUGGUUGGUGGGAAACUGCAGAGUUACCUGCGGGCAUCACGGGCAGACACAGCCUACAAUAACUUGCAUGGCUCGUCCUCCUCCCUCACGCCAAAGGACCUCACACUCUUCACUUACCAGAUUGCCCGUGGCAUGGAGUUCCUUGUUCGCAAUGGGAUCAUUCACCGGGACUUGGCAGCGAGGAACAUUCUCGUCGGUGAGGAGAAAAUCUGUAAGGUGGCUGACUUUGGCUUUGCCAGGGAUGUAGCCAACAACCGUGUCUAUGAAAGAAAGAGUGAUGGUAGACUACCUAUUAGAUGGAUGGCCCCAGAGUCCCUUUUCGAUAAUAUCUUCACCACCAAGUCAGAUGUUUGGAGCUUUGGUGUUCUGCUGUGGGAGAUUGUUACUCUGGGUUCAACACCAUACCCAGGGCUCGGGGCAGUAGAAGUGAUGAGGAAGGUGAAAGAUGGUUAUCGUCUAGAGAAACCUGACCAUUGUCGCAGGGAGGUCUACAACAUUAUGUAUUACUGCUGGGACAAGGACCCCAAGGAGAGGCCCUCAUUUACUGAGCUCGUACACACUCUAGAGGGACUUCUCAUGUCCGAGGUGGAAUAUAUUGAAUUGGACCGCUUCCCAGACCACACCUACUACAAUGUCAUCACUGAGAAGAGUGAUGAACUGUUGUAGUGAUAGUAAAGUUAAUUAUUAUCAGACAAACUGAGUAAGAGGCACACAAGUUGCUUUUUCAUCAUAAAGUGAAUGUAAAAAAAGUUUGUUUUUAUGUGCAGUUUUUGGUUCACAUGUCUUUAUUGUUAUCAUUUGAAUAAAAAAUACACACUCUAAUUUCUUUACAGAUACACACUCCUUUCAAGAAUUUGCAACCUAAAUUUAACAUAAAAGUUAUACGCUGCAUGAUACUAAGUGCAAAGCUGUCGAGUGUGACCCUAAAACUUCGAGGAUAACUUGUGAUUCCAAGACUUCGAGGGAGAUUAUAUGAUCCCAAAACUUCACAUGAGAUCCUGUGUAAUGUCAAGAUUUAAAGAGAUGGGGGACUUGUGUGAUCCCAAGCAGUCACCCAAUAUGGCAGCUAUCAUAGGUUUCAGAUUGGAAAUUAAAAUGACUUGAAGGUUAUUUGUACUCAAUUGUGGGCCAGGGUUCAAAACUGGGAUGUGAAGUAUUUCUAUGAUCUUACUAUCUCUUGCCCUACACUCUGUAAUCCCUCAUGUAGAGUAGGGUAACAAUACACUCAUUUGUACCUAAACUUUUUAAUAACAAAAUUGUGAUGUGAAGUUGUUAGAACUAUGCCUCAAUAAAUACACCAAGUUAAAUAAUAAAUGAAUAUUUUGUCUGUAUCUUGAACUGAAUAUUUGUUGUUCAUAUGUACCCAUGAACAAAAUAAUGUUUUUACACUUAGUUACAAAAUGGCUCUCAGUAAGGAAAUAUCAUAGCUGCGUUAUGAAUCUAUGAAUUUUUUGGAUGUGUGUAUAUAUUGGUAUUGGAAUAUAUAUAUAGAUAUAGUACUGUACUAAAGCAGUGGAUUGCCUGUUCAGUGUACAGCACUGUACCUCAAAAAGGAUUUUUAGUUGAUGUAGUGUACAUGAGCUUCUCUGAAGCUUUUGAUAAUGUAGCACAUGGAAAAUUGAACUUAGAAACUACAAGCUCAUAAAAUUAAUGGUAAAAUACCAGAAUGGAUAAAACAGUUGUUAAAACAAAGAGAGUGAAGGGUUGUCCUAAAGGAAAAAGAAUCUGGCAGGAAAAAUGUUGAGUGUAGUAGAGGUUGCAGUAAACUGUUAUCCCAGAACUAAGUCAAACUCCCAAACCAGGACGCAUUGGGGGCUUCUCGACUAUGUACAUAACGAACCACACGCGACGGCUGAUCACAUUAAGAUUUUUAACCUGUUGAACCUUAGCUCAUUCCCCCUGCCAACCUUCUGUUCUGUUCUCCCUGCCCCCCUUUCCCCUAGCCCUCUCCCUCUGUCCUACACUGUGGCUUGUGGAGCUUGGUGCUGUUGCUCCUUCUGUGAGUUAUAUUGAACCUUUUAAAGUAGUGGCAUGGAUCAAUAUCUUGUAAUUUGUUCAAUAUUUUAAUAAUGUACUUGUUUCUUUUGUUCAUUUGUUUAAUUUUUACGAAGUUAUUAGGUAUAACCAGAGGAACUAUCUUACAUUAUCAGUGAAUUAAUGAAUUUGUCUCCAAUAUUUGUUGUAUUUCAUCCCAAUUAUCCAGCAUUUCAUUAAACCAGGAUCCAUAAUGUUGACUGAAUAAUUAAUGGCCAUAUGAAUUUAAUCAACUUUAAAAUAAAUUUGCCUUCUUUAUCUUUGCUCUACUUUAUAUAAAUAAACGGGUUUUAAAAUCAGGGCUAAAUUGAUAUUAAAGUCUAUAAAAUAUAUUUGCCCUAUUUUAUCUUACCGCUGAAAUAGUAAAUAUAACCCCAUAAUUCCAAGGUGUUGUGCUCCCUGUCAUUUUACUUUAGAAAUAUUAUUGUAUAUUUACAAAGAAUAUGUAGUUACAAUUCUUAUCUGCUGUGAUGGUGAACCUCAGGGUGAUUAUAAAGGUACUGUACACAACACUGCAUGUUAGUGGCUUUGGGAGACUGUACCAAUUAAUUACCAUAACCUUGUAAUAACAUUGUACUGUUCCUUGUAUAUAAAUAAAUACAAAUAUAUAAAUUUCUGGUAACUGUUCUCCCAGGACAUCGUCUUUACUGUUAGGUAUCCACAGUCAGCCCGUCCUCCCAAGUUUUCCCUCUCACAAAAAUGAUAUAUUAAAUUGCUUGAACCUAACUGAACCGAGGACCAAUGAAUAGAAUACAGAACAGCCUGUCAAUUUAACAAGCCGCUAUGAUUUAUAGUACUGUACAUCGUAUUUUGUCCGUUGGGGAUUUAUGCAUCAAAAUUGCAGUGUACUAUUUGAGAGGACAGGCUGCCACAAUAGGGAUACUUUAUAGUUUUGUAAUGCUUAUUUUUAUUUCCUUACAUAUUGUUAUAAAUGAGUGUUGAAUUACAGUAACAUCGCUUGAUCAACUGUUAUCAAAACACAUCCAUUUGACCUUCAGUGAGAUGUCUUCAGUUAGCUAGUUUAGCUCAUUUAUUAUGCACCCCAUACCCAUCUUGUGGACAGUAGCGGAAAGGGUUACAAAGGCAUAUAAUGGGCUCAGGGACUGAACCCCCCAAUUCAUUUAGCAAAGCAAGUUACAAUCUUAAUGAGCUAGUUUUUCAAUAUAAAUUCAAUAUAAGUCAUCACAAGUCUUCAAUUGUAUGUAUUUUGGUCAUAAUGCGAGCAUAUCUAUUAUUUCAUGUUUAUACUGGACAGUGCUGUAGCUUCUAGUUACAGCUAUGAAAAAUAUUGAAUUUAAAAAACAAUUCCCCAUUAUGUAUUUGAUAUAUUGGAACAAAAAGCUGUAAGAAACCCAUCAUAAUUAAUUUUUUUUAACAAAUUUUAUUGAUGUGAGGUUGUAUAGGGUGAUAACUACAUGCUUGUGAUAGACGUACCCUUUUCCAGUGGCAAUAUCCAGGCUAUACUACUGUUAUAGUAUAGUCACUGUUGACUAUAGUCAACCGUGUCACUGCAGGUAAUGCUGUAGUAUAUUGUUUAAGGCACUCUUGCUUUAUUCUUUGUUGUUAUAUUUUCAACACGAUAAUGCUUACGUAUUUUAGAUCUUAUUGUUAUUUUGUUGUUGUUAUAUUGCCUAUUGGCUUUCUUGUUAUUUCUCUGUGUACUUCCUCAGUGACUUCAAUUUAAGUGCACACUCACCAGGUAUCCUAUGUCCAACCACUUGGGCUGGACGGUAGAGCGACGGUCUCGCUUCAUGCAGGCCGGCGUUCAAUCCCCGACCGUCCAAGUGGUUGGGCACUAUUCCUACCCAUCCUCCCAUCUCAAAUGCUUAUCCUGAUCCCUUCCAAGUGCUAUAUAGUCGCAAUGGCUUGGCGCUUUUCCCUGAUAAUUCCCUCCCUCACCAGGUAUCCUCAAGAAAACACCAAAAACUAAUUAUCACAAGUAACCAGUCUCAUUUUUGUCACACAUCUGACAUUGUAAGAAUAUAGGUGCGGGAUAUGUGUUUAGGAUGCGAGGUACCCAAGUUUGAGGUAGGCAGUAUAAACUUAGGAUGUGAAGCACUUAAUGGAAUGAAGUACUUAAGUUACAGGUGCGUGAUAUAAACUUUAGAUGUGAAGCACCCAAGUUACAGGUGCAUGACAAAUAUAUAGGAUGUAACGCAUUCAUCACUAUAAUCACUAAAUCGUGCAAUUUAUGUGUCUGUUUAAUGAUCAACUUACGUUUACAUUCUCUGAAUUAUUUUUUCUCGUGAAACAAGUGUAUCUCAGAAUUCUUGUUUCAUAUACAGUGGCACCUCGAUUAAUGAGUUUAAUCCGUUCCGGCACCGAGCUCAUCAUAUGGAAAACUCGUCUUACAAAACAACAACAAAACUGUUGUAAAAGGUGUCUGAGAACCAGCGGAAAUGCUCGUUAAUCGAGGAAAAGCUCGUUAGUAGAAACAAAUGUUCUGUGAGUGGCUCGCUCGUUACUCGAAAUGCUCGUAGAUAGAGCCGCUCGUUAAUCGAGGUGCCACUGUAUAUUGUAUCCUAUUUAGGUACUUAUUGUUGGUCAAUAUUAACCUCAUAUACUCAGAUUGAAAGAAAUAUAAAUAGUGGUAUGACACAGCAAAAGGCUUUGUUGACCCUUUAAGUACAAUAAUAAUCUUUCAGGUAAUAUAUUUCAGAACAUUAAAAUAUCUUAAUACAGCAGAUUAUAAGAGCUUUAUGUAAACUUUGAAAUACUGUAUAAUGUCUUUAAUGUGUUUAAAUUCACAACAAUAUAAUUCAAACUAUUAAGAAUACAGUUUUGUAUUCACAUAAAUUAAUAAUUUAAAUAAAUACAGUACAGUAAUAGAGAAAAAACACUAAACAUCUACAGUACUGUAUAUCAAAAUGAUAUUCUGGAAAGAAAAGUUUAAAUCAAUUUACAAUUACUGUAGUUUAUUAAUUCUGUUUGUGUUACAAUACACAAAUCUUUACACUAUAAUGUGAUUCCAUUUUAUAUGUAACAUUGUAGUCAUUUAUAUGUUCUACUGAAUUGUUCAAAUUUUAUUUGUGGCAAUGCUGAAUUGACCACAACAUAGAAAUAUUUAUAACCUGAUUGGAGUUUUACUUCAGUUAUAUAAAUGUAAGAAAAUAAAUUUUGAUAUACAGUACAUAUGUUCUGUUUUGAGAUGUGCAUGAUCAGUAUGUUUUGGUCUAGGGAUGAGUGUAGAAUGUUCUCUCACAGUUGUAAUACAGUCAACAGUAAUAUAUGUUAUUUAUCUUGAAUAGUUAAUAAAUACAGUACUGUACUAUAUAAUGUUAUAUUUGUACAUAUGUUUUAUACAUGGAUAAAAAUAUAUACCAAAAGAUGCUAG